CCAGUACAGUCCCACCGGCCCAGCCAGAGCCACACCUUCUUCCAGCCACGGCCACCACGCGCAGCCAGCCACCAAGGCACCUUCUUUUACCCCGAGCCGCUGCUCGCUUUGCGCUUUUCCCCUUCGCUUCUCCACUCCACUCCCCAGUCCCCAAUCCGGUCUCUUCGGCCCCGAUCCGCCCGCCAUUACGCAAUGGUGGUGGUAAGGCUGCUCCUCCUCCUUGCUGUCGUCGCCGGCGUACGCGGUGGAGAGGAUGCAGAUGCCUCGAGGACGUACAUCGUGCGGGUGGAUGCUGACGCGAAGCCGUCCGCUUUCCCGACGCACGCGCACUGGUACGAGUCGGCGGUGCUGGCGGCGUCCGGGCCGGGCGGGGAGUGGCCGGAGGGCGGCCCGCUGAUCCACACCUACUCCGCGGCCCUCCACGGGUUCUCGGCGCGGAUGUCCCCCUCGGCGGCGGCGGCGCUGGCGGGCGCUCCCGGGGUGGCCGCCGUGGUGCCGGAGCGCGUCCGCCACCUCGCCACCACGCGCUCCCCGGGAUUCCUCGGGCUCCUGUCCUCCCCGCCCUCGGCGAUUCUCGCGGACUCCGACUUCGGCUCCGACCUCGUCAUCGCCAUCAUCGACACCGGCAUCUCGCCCGCCCACCGCAGCUUCCACGACCGUGGGCUCGGCCCUGUGCCGCCCAAGUGGCGCGGCGUGUGCGCGUCGGGCCCCGGGUUCCCCCCCAACUCCUGCAACCGCAAGCUCGUGGGCGCCCGGUUCUUCUCCGCGGGGUACGAGGCCACCUCCGGCCGGAUGAACGAGACCGCCGAGGUCAGGUCGCCGCUCGACAACGACGGGCACGGGACACACACGGCGUCCAUCGCCGCGGGCCGCUACGUGUUCCCGGCGUCCACACUCGGCUACGCGCGCGGCGUGGCCUCCGGGAUGGCGCCCAAGGCGCGCCUCGCCGCGUACAAGGUGUGCUGGGCGGGCGGCUGCUUCGACUCCGACAUCCUGGCCGCCUUCGACGCCGCCGUCGCCGAAGGCGUCGACGUCGUGUCUCUCAGCGUCGGCGGCGUCGUCGUCCCCUACUACCUCGACGCCAUCGCGAUAGGGGCGUUCGGCGCGACGGAGGCCGGGAUCGUCGUGUCGGCUUCGGCCGGCAAUGGCGGCCCCGGCGGGCUCACGGUGACCAAUGUCGCGCCCUGGAUGACCACCGUGGGAGCUGGGUCCAUGGACCGCGCCUUCCCGGCCAACGUGCGGCUCGGCAACGGCCAAGUGCUCGACGGCGUGAGCGUGUACGGCGGGCCCGUGCUGCAGUCCGGCAAGAUGUACGAGCUUGUAUACGCGGGGACAAGCAGCGGCGCUGCCUCUGCCUCGUCCUCCGGCGACGGCUACUCGGCGUCGAUGUGCCUCGACGGGUCGCUGGACCCGGCCGCCGUGCGCGGGAAGAUCGUGGUGUGCGACCGCGGCGUGAACUCUCGCGCCGCAAAAGGAGACGUGGUUCACCGCGCCGGCGGCGUCGGGAUGGUGCUUGCCAAUGGCGUGUUCGACGGCGAGGGCCUCGUGGCCGACUGCCACGUCCUGCCCGCCAGCGCCGUCGGCGCCGCCUCCGGGGAGAAGCUCCGUAAGUACAUCGCAUCUUCCACACAGCAGAAGCCGGCCACGGGCACUAUCCUCUUCCAAGGCACUCAUCUCGGCGUGCAUCCAGCGCCGGUGGUGGCUGCCUUCUCUGCGCGUGGGCCGAACCCCCAAUCCCCGGAGAUACUCAAACCGGACCUGAUAGCCCCUGGUCUGAACAUCCUCGCUGCAUGGCCCAACGGCGUCGGUCCGGCAGGAAUUCCCUCCGAUGGCCGCCGCACAGAAUUCAACAUCCUCUCCGGCACCUCCAUGGCAUGUCCGCACAUUUCCGGCCUCGCCGCGUUGCUCAAGGCCGCGCACCCUACCUGGAGCCCCGCGGCGAUCAAGUCGGCGCUCAUGACCACCGCCUACAUCAAGGACAACAGAAACGGCACCAUGGUCGACGAGUCCACCGGCAAGGUGGCCGACGUGUUCGACUUCGGCGCCGGGCAUGUCGACCCGAUGCUUGCCAUGGACCCUGGCCUGAUCUACGACAUCACCCCCGGAGACUACGUCAGCUUCCUCUGCAACCUGAACUACACCGGGCAGAACAUCCGUGCGAUCACUCGGCGCCCCGCAGACUGCCGUGGCGCGCGCCGAGCCGGCCACGCCGGCAACCUCAACUACCCGUCCCUGUCCGCAACGUUCGUUGCUGAUGGCAUCAAACCGACGAUGAAGACCCACUUCAUCCGGACGGUGACCAACGUUGGCGGCGGCCGAUCGGUUUACCACGCGACCGUCAGAGCGCCUGCGGGGAGCAAUGUGACCGUGCAGCCGAAGCAGCUGGCGUUCCGGCGCGACGGGCAGAAACUAAGCUUCACGGUGCACGUGGAGACGGCGGCGCCCGUGCGGGCGAAGAAGAUGGAGCCCGGGAGCUCGGAGGUGAGGAGCGGGACGUUGACAUGGAGAGACGGCAGGCACGCCGUCAAUAGCCCCAUCGUCGUCACACUACAAGCGCCAGUGCAGUAGGCAACCUUCGUCACGAACCAGCGACCGAUCGAUCGAGCAAAGUGAACAAGAUCUCUCUGUUGAUCUAUCCUUGUACCAUAGACUAUUAGUAGUGCUCCUAGUAAUUUAGCAGUGCCGGCCAUACAUCUUGGGCAUCUGUAUAAGCUUAAGCCAUACUGUAAGUCUAGCUCAGAGUUCUCCAAUCUUCUUUCCCGUGGGGGGAUGACCCCGGGCAAGGUCAAGACGAACAUUAGCCGAGAUAACGAGAUCAAAGCCGGCACAGUUACGUGCGUCGGCAUCCUUAAGCCGUA